AUGCCACCUAAAGGAAAGCAGCCUUCCAGCUCUUCGAAUAAAGUCAAGGAGGACAAGACCUUCGGAUUGAAAAAUAAAAACAAAUCCGCGAAGGUGAAGGCUGAGGUUCAACGUCUCCAGCAGCAGGCUGCGGUGACAGGAAAGUCUCGCGAGGCGCUAGAGAAGGAGAAGGAGAAAGCUCUGCGGGAGAAGGCAAAGGCUGAGGAGGCGAAACGGGCGAAGGAGGAGGCUGCUCUACUGAAACCCGUGCAAACACAGAAGAUCCCCUUCGGCGUCGACCCGAAGACGGUACUCUGUGCGUUCUACAAGGCUGGAACAUGCGAGAAGGGGAACAAGUGCAAGUUCAGCCACGAUGUGAACGUGGGGCGGAAGGUGGAGAAGAAGAAUCUGUAUGAGGACAGUCGGGAGGAUAAGAUGGCAGAUACCAUGGACAACUGGGACGAAGAGAAACUACGUUCAGUUGUGCUCUCGAAAGCAGGCAACCCACGGACGACGACUGAUAUUGUCUGCAAAUACUUCAUCGAAUCUAUCGAGUCACAAAAGUAUGGCUGGUUCUGGCAAUGCCCCAAUGGCGAUAAUUGUCAAUAUCGACACGCCCUCCCACCCGGCUUUGUACUCAAAUCACAGAAGAAAGCAUUAGAAGACGCCGCUAAGGCCAACACGAUUAGUCUGGAGGAGUUCCUAGAAGUCGAGCGCCAUAAACUGGGUUCUAAUCUAACACCAGUAACACCCGAAACAUUCGCCAAAUGGAAGAAGACGAGAAUGGACAAGAAGGAAGCAGAGCAGGAGGCACUCAAAAAGGCCAAGGAGCUCCAGAGCAGCGCGGGUAAGAGCUCCGGUAUGAGCGGCAGAGAUCUGUUCCAAUACAACCCCGAAUGGUUCCAAGACGAAGACGAUGGCGAUGCUUCGGACGACUGGGACAUCGAGCAGUACAGACGACAGAAGGAGGCAGAAGACCUGGCGACAGAGGAGGCUCGAAUCGCGAAUUUGGCUCUGCAAGACGGAUGA